AUGGCUUCAGGACAAGUGUGUCAGCCUGACAUUCCUUUUGGACUUUUGGAUUAUCAUAAUAUAUUGCACACUUUGAGUUUGAGAGGUGUCAGAAAUAUGUUAAUGGCCAACUACAAAGUAAAAAGUGCCAUACCUAAAUGUGGCACAAAAUUAUCACUGUUGAGUGGUGCAUGUCGGAGGAAAACUGCCCUAAGUGGGAUUUGUGUGGAGCGGUUGGGCAGACAGUGA